GUGUGGAGGAUCAUCAGACUCACAUGGUUUAGAGCGAGGGUUCGGCAGGACAGUGUUCAGAGGAGGACAGAACAGAGGAGUGCCUUGAACACUAAAACUACACAACCCUGUUUGUGGUCUAGGUAGGUGGGCACAGGAACUAUGGAAAACAGCAAGACAGAAGAACAAAACCAGGAAAUGGAAGAGGCCAACCUAGAGAUUUUUCAGCUGCAGUCCUUGGUGGCAGAGCUGCGUACGUUGCUACAGGGGGUGUUACAGGACAUGGCUGCGCUGCAGCAGAGGGACAGCAGUCUGGAAGAGAGGGCUCAGGCACACCAGAGAGACCUGGAUGAUAGGAUCAUGGGUAUCAGGAACUCGCUCAACACGUUUAAGGAAGACCUGAGCAGUGCUCUAACCCAGAUCAAAGAGGUUAGCAGCAGACAGAAAGAGCUACAGGAUGGCCUGGAGUUCCUCCAAUCAGAGAACAGCAGAGAGAUCCGGCCCGUUCAACAGAGAAAAAGCUCCAAAGGGGACUGCCAUGGGGAGGGGCAUGAGUGUUUCUCCAACCAGACAGAGCUCAACGUCAUCCAGCAUUACUUCGCCAGCCUGCCCAGCAUCUCUCCACACAGGAGCAUAGCCUCGACACAGACCUCUAACUCAGAGCAGGAGGCAGCCAGUGGCCUGCCCCAGAUGGGUCAGUCUAUGUCUCCAGUGUGGACAGAAUCGAAAGAGAGCCGGAACGACACGGAUGCACAGAGUGCCUCAGAAAACAAUAAGAGGCAGAUGGCUGCCCUGGAGCUGUUGGAGUCAGAGAGGGUGUAUGUGUCGUACCUGUCUCUCCUGCUGAAAGCCAACAUCACCUUCAACACCACAGAGGACCUCCACACCAAAGACAAACGGCCAUUCCCUAGUUCUCUACGUUUCCUCAUCCAGCAACACCUGGAGCUGCUUCACACCCUGCAGGAGAGGGUGCUCAAGCGCCAGUGGCAGGGCAUCAUGGGAGAUGUAUUCAUGAGGCUCACCAGCAAAGAGAGUGAUUUCCUGGACUUCUAUGUGUCGUAUCUGAAGGAGCUGCCUGAAUGUCUGUCUGUGGUCAACAUGUUGACCACCACAUCACUAAAAGCAGCCGGCCUGUUUGAGGGUGACAUCAACGGGGACGAGACGACACGCCCCUCUCUCCACACUCUGCUUCUCCAGCCAGUGCAAAGGAUCCCUAUGUACCUUCAGCUGCUGCAGACUCUGUUGAAGCAGACGGAUGCAGAGCACCCUGACUACUACCUGCUGCUGGUGUGUAUCCAGCAGGUCAGAGCCUUCACCACCCAGUACGCCCAACUACUGCAGCACAACAAAGAGCUGCUUCUGCACAACCGCAAAGAGCUCAAGAGGUCAGCUUCUGAUCCAGGCUCAGAUUUGGUGUUUUGGUCAACUAUGAAGCAGUUCUUCAAAAAUGUGGACUGUGGUAACGUUAUGCAAGCCAAUGAGAUGGGCUCCCCUUACCCCACCAGCAAUGCAAUACUCCUCUCCCUCUCCCCUCACAGAGAGCAUGGCAACCAGGUGAAACGCAGCAAGCAGAGGCACCUGGAGCAGAUCCAGUCUAGACGCUUCCUGGACUGGGAGAGCGAGGCUCACCACUCCGACUCCCCCAUCCCAUUUUUCUCCCCUGACACCAACCCUCGCCUCAAACCCCCAGGCCUGCAAAGUAUCCCUGAGAUGGGGUCAUCAGAGCAGCUGCCCGGCAAACGGCUGACCCCGGGCUCAACCCUGUCCGAUGCUCAAGGUGAGUUCCUUCGCCCUGGGGACCCUCCAGGCUUGGAGGGGCUGUAUGAGGAUGCGGACUCGUCCCUCCACAACGUGUCCCUGUUCGACCACUACUCCAGUGCUUCGUCCGACUCUAGUAUCGACAUCGCCUUUGUGCGCUGCCCUAAGAGCCAUCAGGCUGUUCGUGAGGUCUACAACAGAGGGGGCAGCCGGGGGAGCAGGUACAAGCUGCCUGGCCGGGGUUGCGUGUUGCCAGACGAGGCCCAAAUGAUACAAGCUCACCACCACCGCCCCCUGCAGGCCGCUCAGUGUAAGAGCAAAUCCCUGAACGGGUUGCAGCUGGACAGCACUGUGAGUGGGGACAGUGGCCCCGGACAUCUGUCUGACCACUUGAGGGACCACCAACAUGCCAAGCUAGAGAGGCAGUCCAGUAAUAAAUAUCACCCACGCAGCAGCAAGGGCCAGAGCAGCAACAACAGCCCCAUCAGCCCCCCGCAGCACAAAGCAGAGCCAGAAAGACAGAGAGCAGCCACUGACAAGGAGCUGCAUAACAACAACCACAACAAGGACUCUGGGAGCCCACCCUGGGGGGAGGAGCCAAGAUGGAAGGCUGAAGCGAAUUACCACACCCCCUUCAGUGAGAGGAGCCGGAAACAGGAGAAGGGAGGCUUCCGUAGCUCCUUUAAGAAACUCUUCAAGAAAAAGUCAGGGGGAGGAGAGAAAGACAAGGACAAAGAGAAGACAGACAGCCAGAACUCUAGUGAUCACGAGGCAGGCAAGACCCCAAGAGUCACCCACCUAGGCAUCGAACGUGGGACUGCCGUGUGAAGUGUGACUAGAGCGUCACCAGCAGAGAAACACAUUGCUCUGAGAAAGGCUUCAAAUAGGUGCCAGUGAAAUUCUAGGGGUAUAUAGAGUGUACAAAGCAUUAGGAACACCUGCUCUUUCCAUGACAGACUGAGCAGGUGAUGGCUAUGAUCCCUUAUUG